GCAGAUGGACAAUGGACAGUCUUACUAGUCAUCAGUUGCACUGGCCUCUGCGAAAAAUUCUGCCCGAUUCUCGCCGAAAUAAGCAAUCACCAUUUCCCCCUGUUGAAUAAUUCUGCUUCGCAAUCUCAAACAGUCUCAAAACUCCCCCUGCUUCACUUUCUAUAGAUUUCUUUCUCAUCGUCCCCAAUGGCGAUGGUUCCCUGUGGCCUAACUCUUUCUCUGAAACCUCCUACCCUUUGUACUCGUUUCAGAUUUAAUGGCGGACCCAUCUCAGGUUUCGGCCUCCAAGCUCCAAUUCUUGGAACCCCAGUUCAAAUGAAGGGGACUUGUGUUUGUUCUUUCCGCCAUAACCAUCGGUUGGAGUUUAACGAUGUGGGUCGGCGUCAAAUGCAACGUGGGUCGCUGAGAUUUACGAAUUUCCGGAUUUCAGCAUCCUCUGGCGAUGGCUCUGGCGAUGGGUUUGGCUCUGGAGGGGGCGAUGGUGGAUAUGGAGGUUAUGGUCAUGAAAAUUCUGGAGGCGGUGAAGGGGAUAGUGACAAAGGCGGGGAUAACUGGUCCUUAUUGUCUUGGUAUUUGACUCUUCUCGCAAAAUACCCUGCUUUGGUGAAAUCUGUAACAUCUGGGAUACUAAAUGCUCUGGGAGAUUUAAUUUGCCAGCUUGUUUUUGAAGAAGCACCGUCAGCAGAUCUGAGAAGAACGUUCAGAUUUUCCCUUUUGGGACUUGCAUUAGUUGGUCCUGCAUUGCAUUUCUGGUACUUAUAUCUUAGUCAAUUGGUGACCUUGCCAGGGGCUUCAGGUGCAUUCUUGCGUCUUCUUCUCGAUCAGUUCAUUUUUACUCCGGUAUUCCUUGGAGUCUUUCUAGCCGGAUUAGUAACGCUAGAAGGGCGGCCAUCGCAUAUUAUUCCUAAGCUUCAACAGGAGUGGUUUUCUUCUGUUGUGGCUAACUGGAAACUCUGGAUACCUUUCCAGUUUCUCAACUUCAGAUUUGUUCCGCAGCAAUUCCAGGUCCUUGCAGCUAAUGUCCUUGCCUUGGCAUGGAAUGUCAUCCUCUCCUUUAAAGCUCACAAAGAGAUCAUUACACGAUAGAUUAUGUUAUCAGAGAUAGUUCAAAUAACAAUUUUGAUGAAUUAUUAGUUCUUAGCUCUGACUCUUGGAAAAUGUUAUUUGUUUCCGGAACAAAAAAUGCGAUAUAGGCGUGCAAGAUCAAGGUCGAAAGUUAAUUGUUUUGAUUAUUGUUGCAAAAUCUCUCGUAUCCAGCACUGUUUUAAGAGCCCCAAUAAAAAUAUGGUGCCUUGUCUUGAAGCACGACGUUUUUCAAACAAACGAGGGUGAAAUCGAACAGAAAGUUACCGAUUCGUCUUCUUUGUUUAACCUUCUCACUUGAAGCUCUUCCUCUCUUCAACAAAUAUGGAAGAGCCUUUGUGAUGUGAGACUAAAGGGGAAGAUGUGGAAAGGUUACAGACCUAAUGAGGGAGAGAAGAAGAUAUGGAUUUUAUUCUUAUUUCUAAGUACUUCCAAGUGAUUUUAUACUUUAUUUUUUUAUUUUGUGGAUUCUUUGUUGGGAAGUUGGCCUUUAAUGUCAAUCUAUUUCAUCUUAACUCA